AAAUAUGGCUACUCUUACAAGCAGUUUCAUUUUUCUUCCUUUUAGAUCUGCCUUGACUGUUUCUGAGCACUAAGAAGCCUUGUCUAUAUUUAAAGUGCUACUAAAACCCAGGACCCUGCAUUCACUAUAUCUGGUCUCCCAGGAUGCUGCAUUCACUAUAUCUGGUCUCCCAGGAUGCUGCAUUCACUAUAUCUGGUCUCCCAGGAUGCUGCAUUCACUAUAUCUGGUCUCCCAGGACCCUGCAUUCACUAUAUCUGGUCUCCCAGGACCCUGCAUUCACUAUAUCUGGUCUCCCAGGACCCUGCAUUCACUAUAUCUGGUCUCCCAGGACCCUGCAUUCACUAUAUCUGGUCUCCCAAGAUCCUGCAUUCACUAUAUCUGGUCUC